AGGAAGAAGAAAGACCUUAAUCUCAUUCUCUGUUUAUAAUCGUCUGUUUAUUUUAAAUUAUAUCUUUCAAGUAAUUUCUAUAGAUCUACCUUAUAAAAAAUGGCGGAGAAAACUAAAACCGAUCAACCGGCUUUUCUCCAUGGAAAAUACGAGCUUGGUCGAAUGCUUGGUCACGGAACCUUCGCGAAAGUCUACCAUGCCCGGCAUCUUCCGACGGGGAAGAGCGUUGCCAUGAAAGUUGUCGGCAAAGAGAAGGUGAUUAGAGUCGGGAUGAUGGAGCAGAUUCAGCGGGAGAUUUCCGUCAUGAAGAUGGUGAAACAUCCCAACAUAGUCGAUUUGCAUGAAGUAAUGGCGAGUAAAUCUAAGAUUUACUUCGCCAUGGAACUCGUCCGAGGCGGCGAACUCUUCUCUAAGAUAGUCAAAGGCAGACUCAAGGAAGAAACUGCCAGAGUUUAUUUCCAACAACUCAUUUCCGCCGUCGAUUUCUGCCAUAGCCGCGGGGUUUACCACCGUGAUUUGAAGCCGGAGAAUCUGCUCUUAGAUGAAGAUGGCAACCUGAAAGUCACUGAUUUUGGACUCAGUGCUUUCUCGGAACACUUGAAACUAGAUGGGUUAUUGUACACAACGUGUGGAACACCUGCUUAUGUUGCCCCUGAAGUCAUCUCUAAGAAAGGAUACGACGGAUCUAAAGCGGAUAUUUGGUCUUGUGGGGUGAUUCUUUAUGUUCUUCUCGCUGGGUUUUUACCAUUUCAAGACGAUAACUUGGUGGCAAUGUAUAGAAAGAUUUACAGAGGCGAUUUCAAGUGUCCGCCGUGGUUUUCCUCUGAAGCUCGCAGGUUAAUCACUAAGCUUUUAGAUCCCAAUCCAAGUUCACGAAUCACUAUAUCAAGGAUCAUGGACUCAUCUUGGUUCAAAAAAUCCAUCCCUAGAUCUGUUAGAACCAAGGAAGAGCUUGAAUUCGAAGCUUUCAAUGGCGACAAAUCAUCAAAGCCCGAGACUUUGAACGCCUUUCACAUCAUUUCUUUGUCUCAGGGAUUCGAUUUGUCGCCGUUGUUCGAAGAGAGGAAAAGGGAAGAGAACGAGGAGCUAAGAUUCGCUACGACUAGGCCGGCGAGCAGCGUUAUAUCGAGACUAGAAGAGGUGGCCAAAUCGGUGAAGUUCAACGUGAAGAAAAGCGAGUCAAGGGUGAGAUUGCAGGGUCAAGAGUGUGGAAGGAAAGGGAAAUUAGCGAUUGCCGCUGACAUAUUCGCCGUGACGCCAUCGUUUUUGGUGGUGGAAGUUAAAAAAGAAAACGGCGAUACACUUGAGUACAACCAGUUUUGCAGUAAAGAGCUCCGACCGGCUCUUAAGGACAUCGUCUGGACGUCGCCGCCCGAUAACCCGACACCCGCUUGAUUUAUCUUCAUGGGAUUUUUUUUUUUUUAAAAAAGAGGACGUCAUGUUCUUUAAUCAGAUCUUUUAUCAUUUUUCAUCAUGUAUUCGUAGGUCUUGGUUGUUUGUGCUAGGAAUUAUGUAAAGAAUCAUUUGACUAAGUUUAUUGUUUCUACCCAUCUUAUUAUGCUAA